AUGUCUGAGCAGCAAGAAAUGCGAUACUUCUCUACUCGCGGCGGAAAGGAGACAUUGAGCUUCGAGGAGGCGGUAUUGACGGGUCUUGCCCCUAAUGGAGGACUCUAUAUCCCCACGCACAUCCCCGCCCUUCCGGCAGACUGGCAAACCGCCUGGUCCUCCCUCUCAUUCUCCGACCUCUCCCACAAGAUCCUCUCCCUCUACAUCCCCGCCUCGGUCAUCCCCUCGUCGGAUCUCAAGGGUCUCAUUGACGCCUCGUACUCUACCUUUCGGGACGAGAAGACGACUCCCCUCCGCCAGACUGCGGAGAAUGAGUAUGUGAUGGAGUUGUGGCACGGCCCCACGUGGGCAUUCAAGGAUGUCGCGCUGCAGUUCUUGGGGAACUUGUUUGCGUUCUUCUUGAAGAGGCGGAAUGGAGAGAAAGAGGAGGGGAGGGAGGCUUUGACCGUUGUGGGCGCAACGAGUGGUGAUACCGGAAGCGCGGCCAUCUACGGUCUCCGUUCCAAGCCCGACGUAUCCAUCUUCAUGCUGUACCCCGACAACCGUGUCUCUCCUAUCCAGCUCGCACAGAUGGCCACUAUCCCGGACGAGAACGUACACGUCGUCGCCGUCGAAAACUCCGAUUUCGACACCUGCCAAUCUAUCGUCAAGACCCUCUUUUCCGACCCCACGUUCAACGCGACGCACCGCCUCGGUGCCGUCAACUCCAUCAACUGGGCCCGUAUCCUCGCUCAGAUCGUCUACUACUUUUCCGCCUACUUCCAGCUCCCAGAGGAUAAGCGGGACAAGGUCCAGUUCGUCGUCCCCACCGGUAACUUUGGGGAUAUCCUCGCUGGAUGGUUUGCCAAGAAGAUGGGUCUGCCGAUGGGCGAGUUGGUUGUCGCGACCAACGAGAAUGACAUCCUGGAGCGGUUCUUCCGGACGGGGCGGUAUGCCGCGGAGGAUGCCGAGGACGUGACGGAAGAGACGAAGGAGCAGGUCAAGGAGAUGAUUCCCGCCCAGGGAUCAUCGGAUGGGAAACAAGCGACCAAGGCGCAUUCAGGCGUCAAGGAGACGCAUUCCCCCGCGAUGGAUAUCCUGCUCUCGAGCAACUUUGAAAGGUUGCUUUAUUAUCUUGCGGAGGAGACUUGUCUGCCUGAGGGCUCGGCUGAGGAGAUGCGGGUCAAGGCGCAAGAGACGCUGAAUGGGUGGAUGGGGCAGAUGAAGAAGGAUGGCAAGGUGGAUAUGGGAAGUAAAGUCAGAGAGGCGGGAUCCAGGGAUUUCUGGGCAGAGCGGGUAUCAGAUCAGCAGACUGUGGAGGAGAUCAAGCGAUACUACGCCCGCAAAGAGUUCGGCUCAUACGUUGUCGACCCACACACCGCCGUCGGUCUCGCAGCGCAAACUCGAUCCGCCAAGAAAUCCCCCUCAUCCACAUGGAUUACCCUCGCUACCGCCCACCCCGCAAAAUUCUCCUCGGCGGUCGAGCUCGCGCUCUCCUCCGCAUCCCCCUCAUUCAACUUUGACCGCGAUGUCCUGCCCGACUCGCUGGCGGAGCUGAUGGGUAUGGAGAAGCGGAUAUACAAGGUGCAGGGGGAACAGGGCGUCAGGGAGUUGAUUGAGAAGGUGGCGAGGGAGAAGAAGGGGGAGAAGGGCGGUAAGGCGGCUGGGUCUAUAUAA